AAGUCACCUUGCACGCGUCCUGCCAACAUGCUGCUCUCGUUGGCGUGGCUUGCGCUGGGCACCCUUUUGGUACUGCCUUUCUACCUGCUGCUCUGGUCGCGGCGGGCUCGCCUCACGAGGAAGCUGCCCGGCCCCACCCCGCUGCCCUUCUUGGGCAGCGCCCUCGAGCUUGGGCGAGGGCCUGUCGAAAUGAUGACAAACACUGUCAGACUUUGGAGACAAUAUGGAUCUAAUAUAUAUAAAAUGUGGCUUGGUCCUGAACUCUUUGUUUUCGUCUCGAAUCCCAACCAUUUGGAGGCUUUCAUGGGUUGCCACAUAAACCUUAAAAAAUCUGUAUUGUAUAAAUUUUUAUUCCCUUGGUUGGGUGAAGGAUUGUUGACAUCUUCAGGUAAAAAGUGGAAAAGGCAUAGAAAAAUCAUUACACCUGCGUUCCACUUCAAAAUUCUUGAACAAUUUGUGGAAACCUUUUGUCAUAAUAGUGAAAUUCUUUUGAGGAAACUGGAAGCUCAUGGAAAUGGUCCUGCAUUUAACAUAUACGACUAUAUUACCCUGUACGCUCUGGAUGUGAUUUGCGAAACAACUUUUGGGGUGUCUGUUCACGCCCAAGAAAAUCACCAAUCGCAGUAUGUUGCAGCAGUAAAAGGGAUGGCCAGAGUAAUAAUGGAACGUACGCAAUACCCAUGGCUAUUUUUUGAUGUAAUUUUUCGGUGGAGUGAAUUAAGAAGGAAACAAGAACAAUACCUCAAAAUUCUACACUCAACAACCAACGAGUGUUUUCAUACUGCAGGAGUAAAACACAAGGUAGCUUUCCUGGACUCGUUAUUGACCGCACAGAAUGAUGGAGAAAAACUCACUGAUGAAGAAAUUCGAGAAGAAGUUGACACAUUUAUGUUCGAGGGCCAUGACACAAUUUCUUCAGCAAUAACGUUUUGCUUACGGUUAUUGGGAUUGCAUCCGAACGUACAGGACAGAGUGUAUAACGAACUAGUUGGCGUUUUUGGAAAUUCAAAACGCAAGAGUACGUACAGAGAUCUCCAAGACAUGAAAUAUUUGGAAUGUGUGAUUAAAGAAUCUCUUAGGUUGUUUCCUAGUGUUCCGUUUUAUGGACGCAGAUUAGAGCAAGAUAUGAAAAUUGAUGAAUUGGUUAUUCCUUCUGGGACGAACGUCGGCUUCAUGGCCUAUUGCAUGCACCGGAAUCCAGAUAUCUAUCCACAUCCAGAAAAAUUCGACCCGGAUCGGUUUUUGCCAGAAAAAGUUCAAGGAAGACAUCCAUACGCCUUUUUGGCUUUCAGUGCCGGACCAAGGAAUUGCAUAGGUCAGAAAUUUGCUAUGCUUCAAAUGAAAGCGACAAUAUCAGACAUUUUGAGAAGAUUUAAAGUAAUUACCCCCUCAAAUGUGGUAAUUGAACUCAGCUGGGAAGUAGUAAUUCGAGCUCCAAAAGGAGUUUUCAAGUUUGUGGACGAUUUCCAUAACGACCGUGACAUCCAGAAGCGUGCUUAUGGCGGAUUUAAUCGAUUACAAAGUGAUGCCUGA